GCUGCCAUGGCGAACAGAGGGCCCACGUACGGCCUGAGCCGAGAGGUGCAGGAGAAGAUCGACCUGAAGUACGACUCCGACCUGGAGCAGAAGCUGGUGGACUGGAUCGUGGCUCAGUGUGGAGGAAACAUGGAGAAGCCACAGACGGGCAAAGAGAACUUCCAGAAAUGGCUGCUGGAUGGCACAAUCCUGUGUAGACUCAUCAACAGCCUUUAUCCAAGGGGCAAGGAACCCAUCAAGAAGAUUGCAGAGACUCAGAUGGCCUUCAAACAGAUGGAGAAGAUCUCUCAGUUCCUGCAAGCAGCGGAAGCUUACGGAGUGACGACCACCGACAUCUUUCAAACUGUGGACCUCUGGGAAGCAAAGGACAUGGCAGCAGUGCAGAGGACCCUGAUGGCUCUGGGCAGCGUGGCUGUCACCAAGGACGAUGGUCACUACAGAGGUGACCGGGAAUGGUUCCGCAGGAAAGCGCAGGCGUAUCGACGAGAGUUCUCUGAAGAGCAGCUGCGCCAGGGACAGAGUCUGAUUGGCCUGCAGAUGGGCAGCAACCGCGGAGCUUCCCAAGCUGGUAUGACGGGCUACGGUAUGCACCGUCAGAUCAUGUAG